GUUUGCUUAUGUAAACCGCUAUGAUCACAUCGCGCUAUUUUUCUUCCACUCAGAAUUCGAUGAGAUUUUUUAUUUUUUAAUUUAUCCGCUUUUUUAAAUUCAUUUUUUAUUCAAUUUCCCUUAAAUUUUAAUUUUAAUUAAAAAAAAAUGAGUUUUCGUGCCAAAAUCUUUUUGUGUGUGGCAUUCGUGUGCAUUUGUAAUGCUGCCGGCGAAUAUCCAUAUCGUCGUCGAGAUAAUCGGUCGUCACACCCUGCACCGGUUAAUAUCACCAAGAUGGUUUCUCAAAUACAAGAACGAGUAUCUGCUAUGUCCACAAUGGAUCACAACCAACUCAACAAACUGGCUUCCAUCGAAAACAAGCUAAGUCAACUUAAUUCAUCAGCAAUUGCACAUUUGGAAUCUAUUCGUUUGCAGCAACAAGAAACAUCUCACCAAUUACAAAACCUCGACUAUAUGCAACGUAGUGUUCAAUCGGCUGUGGGUGAUAUUCGAAAAGAUAUUGACACUUUGCGAUUGGCUAUGGAAAGUAAACAGGACGAAGCUGAACCUCAUGAUGUUUAUCCUCGACAAGCUGAUUUUGGACAAACUGCCAAUGAAACGCAAUCUAUCUCACAGAGGCUAGAUUCCUUGGGUCUUUUGUUAGUUUCAACUCGUACUUCAGUUGGUCUCAUUGAAAAGACUCUGAGUCAGUUCAAUUCAAGCCUGGCUAAAUUGACACAACUCACAAGAGGAACUCACAGGCGAUUAUCAAAUCCUUCAAACAGACAUCACCCUAACAACUUCCCACAACCCCAAUACCCACAAGUAUACAACUCUUACGGACCACCUCCACCACCACCCGCAUUUGAUUCAGAGCCAAGCAGUUGUGCUCAAGCAUCAUUGCCUCAGACAGGAAUCCAAAAACUCCUACUUCAUCCACAAAGUGAACCCUUCUACGCUCUCUGCGAAUCAGCCGAACAGGGCGGUUGGACUAUCAUUCAAAAUCGUUUCGACGGAUCCACCAAUUUCAAUCGUGGAUGGGAGGAAUACAAAAGUGGUUUUGGCAACUUGGCCGGAGAGUUUUUCAUCGGAUUGGAGAAGUUACACGCACUGACAGCAUCAACACUGCAUGAGCUGCAGAUCGUCCUAGUUGAUUUCAAUAACGAGAUGCGAACAGCAAAUUAUAAUCUAUUUGCUAUCGCAGGUGAAAAGGAGUUUUAUGCUUUGCAAAUACUUGGCAACUACUCGGGAAAUGCUGGUGAUUCAUUCACCUUCCAAGCUGGAAAUAAGUUUUCCACAUUUGACAAUGACAAUGAUGGCUGGGUAGAGGGUAAUUGUGCUCAGGCACACACUGGUGCUUGGUGGUAUGCUGCAUGUGAGAUGAGCAACUUAAACGGACAAUAUUUGAGAGGAGAAGUUGAUACGUCACGCGCCUUACAAGGCAUGUACUGGGAAACAUUUCAUGGACCGACUUAUGCGCUGAAGUCUGUUCAAAUGAAGAUUCGUCCUGUUGAUCAAAGAGAUAAUGCUUAUUAGAAAACUUCCUAAGUCAUGAGGACAUCUUGGCUGAUUGUGUUGCAUUUAAGAAUAUAAAAACAAUAACUAUUUUGUCUUAAUAUUUAAUAAUAAUUUUUUUUUUUUUUAUUAAUUUAUGUUUUAUCGACUCGAAUGCAAAUAAAAAUAUUAAUAAUUAUAUAUUUUUGUUGUUAAAAAAUGCCAUAAUCUAAGGAGAUUUGUUGUAGAAAUCAAUUUGAAUGGUGAAAUAAAUAUUGA